CAGAAGACUGCACAGAGACAGCUUUCCUCUAUUUUAUUAUGCAUUUCAAGAAAAGAUUGGUUGUAUGAGGAGCAUGUGCCAAUCAAACCCAAACCUGAAAAAAAAAGUGAGUUUAAAUAAAUAAUGUAUAAGACUAGUGUUUUGACUUCAGGCAGGUGUAUACAGGUCUUUCGAGGUCCCUUCCAAUCCCUAGAAUUCUAUGAUUCUAUGAAAGCCAAAGGAGAAGAAAUAGACAUACUUGAGGUCACAAGGGCUUUUUUGGUUGGUUGGUUGAUUUGUUUUUUGUUUGUGUUUUUUUUUUUGUUGUUUUUUUGGGGUGCGUGUGUGUGUGCGCGCGUGUGAUUUUUUGGUAUUGUUUUUUGUUUGUUUUCAGACAGACUGCCUCAUUCCUAACAAAGAGUUACACCUUUUCUUUUGGAUAUCAUCUCUACACAACAGUAAGUUUAAUAGAAAUUUUUAUUGACUUUGAGAUAUUUGCUGGACAAAUCUCAAUGUUAAUCUCAAGUGCUUAACAAACUACUCAGCACUGUCCUGUUUACAUUGAACUCUGAUCCCUGAUCCAGGUCACCCUGAGCUUUCAGGGAAAAGAUUCCUGGUUUUCUUCUGCCUUGGGUCAGGGUCACAUUUGUAAUCUCUUUCCACAAUUAGAGAAGCAAAAAGAGAGAAUUAUUAACACUUCUAUUUUUCCCUAAGGGAUAUCCAUUGCACUAUUUUUUUUUUUUUUUUUUAAUAUUAAUUUGUUUUAAGUUCUUGCAUGUUACAAACAUAUUUCUUCAUCUAAUGCUUUGGUCAUGACUCAAAUAUUAGAUACAUAAAAUAUGAAUACUGCUAGAACUGGUAGGAUUCCUAUAAUAUAAGUGGAAAUUAAGAUAGUCAGAACUAAGCACAGCAGGUUUAAAACUCACAUAUUUUCCAUAUUUAGGAGAAUGAGUCCAAAUACUUGCUGGCUUUGCAAGAUAUUCAGAGCAGAAGAAAAAGGGAUCAGUUCUAAAUUGUCUUCGGAGGAAGUGCUGCAAUGGUCCCAGUCUUUUGAUAAGCUGAUAACAAGUAAAUAUGGGCCUAUGAUCUACAAGACCUACUUGAAGACAGAGCACAGUGAUGAAAACAUAGAAUUCUGGCUUGCUUGUGAAGCUUAUAAGAAGAUCACAUCACAGAGGAAAAGGAUUUCUGUGGCAAGGAAACUUUUUACACAUUACAUUCAACCCCAGGCUCCCAAUGAGAUUAACAUUGACAGUCCUCUGAGGAAUGCAAUUACAAGGAAUAUUCAAGAAGCAACACAAUCCUGUUUUGACGAAGCACAGAGAAUAAUUUACAUGCACAUGGAAAGAGAUUCUUAUCCACGAUUUCUUGAAUCAAAUUUCUAUCAAAAACUCAAACACAGCCUUCAAACUCAUGGAAAAAAUUAAAUGGUAAACUAAAGAGAAAGGCUGAAAACUUCAAAAGGUUUCUUCUGGAAUGCCAGUGUUUUAAAGUAGACAGGAAAAAUCAGGUAGUAGACAAUUACUAAUACUAAGCUGCUGAACUGGUCUGUUGCUGUUAGAAUUAAUGACAGACUACCUUCCACCUUCCCUUUCUUUUCCCAUGGAGGAGUCCCAUUUAUUUUCCUCUCCCCUCAUUAAAACCCUAAAACCCAGGUAUUAAAAAUUU